AUGGGCGCGGAGGUGGUGGAGGGCAAGAAUCCGGUGGAGGAGGGACCGAAUGUAGCAGACAUGGAGGUGCACAAGAAUCCUUCAGAGGAAGAGGACAAAAACAACCACAAAAGAAGUGAACUUGUGCAAGUCAACAAAGAGCAGCAGUUGGGUAGUUCCCACCUGACCCAGUUGCCUGUUCACAUAGAGGAGCCAGCAAACGCGGGUGUCAGUGCAAUGCUCGACAAGGAACAAAUCCGUCAGCUCACUAUUGCAAAGGAAGACAUGCGAGAGGAGCCAGCAAGCCAGGGUGUUGCAGAGGAAGAGACUGCCUCGAAAAAGCUGCCGUUGAGGAAAAACAAGGACAAGAGAAGUGAACUUGUGCAAGUCAAGAAAGAGAAGCAGUUGGGUAGUUCCCACAAGACUCAGUUGCCUGCUGUAGCAGAGGAGCCAAAGGAAGGCGUGCGAGAGGAGCCAGCAAGCGAUUGUCUCCGUGCAAUGCUCAACAAGGAAAAACUCCAUCUGCUGGAUGUUGCAGAGGAAGAGGUUGCCUCAGAAUGGCAUGCCUCCUACUCCAUUCGCUUACGCAAACAUCAUCUUCGACGCAUACACAAGGGCUCAGUUCUCCUCGACGCCGAAGUGAACCGCCUCCUCCUCUACAACAUUGAUGAAAGUUUCAUUGAUGAAUAUUACCUCAAGGAAGGAGAAAUGAUCUAUCCAGGAGCAACUUUUAGUUGUCCUUGCCACAAGGUUGAGAUUGGUGAGCGCAUUUGUCAAUCUAAAGAAGAUACCCCUUUGCCGACCAACAAUGCAACAAGAACAAAGGAAGAGAGGAGAGAUGAGAAGAAUAGGAAGAGGUUGAAGAGGAAGAGACCUGAUGAGAAUUUGGAGAGAACUAGUAACUUAAAGAAAGUAAAUAAGAAAAUGAUGAGAUCACCUCAAGCAAAAUUGUUGAGAUCUUCAAUAGGCAGGUUUGCAAGAGUGGCGUCGCUAAGGAAGGGAAUGUCCCCUCAAGCACAACAGAGGAAAUCAGAAUCACCUUCAGUACCAAACGUUACUGUACAUUUCCCAUCUCCAAAUCUUCCUCGUGCUAAGGCUAACUCCAGCCGGUUUCGACCACGGAAACUGAAGUCCCGUAUCUGGAAAGAAUUCAUUCCUAUAUAUGAAGAUGGAAAACUUGCGGAAGGUCAGUGCAAACAUUGCAAUGAAGUCUUUCCUGCCUCGAAGGCUUCUGGAACUAACCACAUCCAUAGGCAUCUACAGAAAUGUUUGACGAGAAGUAGCAUGCACGAGAUGGUUGCAAAAUUGCGUGCCACUACAUCAUCGCCCCAUGUCUCUUUGGUGGAUGAUUGGAAUUUCAGCCAAAAGGAGUCUAGGAGAGCCCUCUCUAACAUGAUAGUUCAGCAUGGACUACCAUUCUCCAUUGUAGAGUAUAGUGGUUUCAUAAAGUUUGUCAAGUGCCUCAACCCGAUGUUCAAAAUGGUUUCAAGAACAACAAUAAAAGAGGAUUGCCUAGAUUCAUACAAAGAGCAAAGAGCGUUGCUACGAGAUGUCUUGAAGAACUGUGGUGCUCGAGUUUCAUUAACUGCCGAUAUGUGGACUUCUAAUCAGAGGUUGGGAUACCUGUGUGUCACUUGUCAUUUCAUUGACAACACUUGGAAGAUGCAAAAAGAAUACUCAGAUUUUGUAUGA